AAUACUUGUGAGCAUUUGCUUUCUUUCACCAUUCUCUCUUAGUCUUCCUCUCUCAGUUCUGAUUUUUUUACGAAGAAGUUUUGAGUUUCUUUUUGACAACUCACGACUCGUUGAGGUGAUCUACCGCAAGGACUAAACAACAAAACAUAUAUUUUUUUGUCCCAACAAAAAAAGUCAAUCAUCAUGAAGUUCUCAAUCUCAUCACUGAAGCAGGUACAACCAAUCUUGUGCUUCAAGAACAAGCUAUCUAAGGUCAACGUCAACUCUUUUCUCCAUCCCAAAGAAAAAGUCAUCUUUGUGAUGGGAGCUACCGGAUCGGGUAAGUCUCGUCUCGCCAUCGACCUAGCAACUCGUUUUCAAGGAGAGAUCAUAAACUCCGACAAGAUUCAACUUUACAAGGGCCUAGACGUCCUAACAAACAAAGUCACCCCUAAAGAAUGCCGAGGCGUGCCUCACCACUUGCUUGGAGUAUUCGACUCCGAAGCCGGAAACCUAACGGCCACCCAGUAUAGCCGCCUUGCGUCACAAGCAAUCUCGAAACUCUCAGCGAACAACAAGCUUCCCAUAGUAGCCGGUGGAUCAAACUCUUACAUCGAAGCACUUGUUAAUCAUUCCUCGGGGUUUUUAUUAAACAACUACGAUUGUUGUUUCAUUUGGGUCGACGUUUCCUUACCCGUACUUAACUCCUUUGUCUCAAAACGUGUCGACCGCAUGAUGGAAGCAGGAUUACUCGAAGAAGUAAGAGAAGUGUUCAAUCCAAAAGCGAAUUACUCCGUAGGGAUACGACGAGCUAUCGGAGUCCCCGAGCUCCAUGAAUAUUUACGUAACGAAUCUCUAGUGGACCGUGCCACAAAAAGUAAAAUGCUUGACGUAGCCGUUAAAAAUAUCAAAAAGAACACUGAGAUUUUAGCUUGUCGACAGUUAAAAAAGAUUCAACGGCUUCACAAGAAGUGGAAGAUGUCUAUGCAUCGUGUUGACGCCACUGAGGUGUUCUUGAAACGCAACGUAGAAGAACAAGACGAGGCUUGGGAGAAUCUUGUAGCGAGACCAAGCGAGAGAAUCGUCGAUAAGUUUUAUAAUAAUAAUAACCAACUGAAAAAUGAUGAUGUUGAGCACUGUUUGGCGGCAUCUUACGGCGGAGGAAGUGGAAGUAGAGCCCACAAUAUGAUAUGAAAAGUUUUGUCAUUGAUCAUGUGAAGCUUUUUGGAGUGUGAGAUUAAAGAUGAGUCUCCAAGAUUUCGUAUGUGUGGUGGUGAUUCCACGGAGGUUUUUUCAACGUACAGGUGUGACAUUUACCCCGAGAGAAAAAAACAAAAAAGUUUUUUCUUUUUAAGUGUUUGUAUAGAAGAAGAUAUUCGGUUAAUAUUAAUUGUUUGAUACCUAUUGACUACGAGUUCACGAUAACCGAAAGUUUUAAUUCCUUGUGCCACGAUAUCACACUUAUGUGUAUUGUUUAUAAUAUAUAAACAAUUAUUUUGUAAUGCUUUUUGUUGUAUUUGGUAUAUCUUGGCCUUACAUUUACGCAUUCAUGUUAUUGGCUGAAGCUAUACAAAAUUAAUUAUAACAGUUAAA